GUUUCACCAUGUUGGUCAGGCUGGUCUCGAACUCCUAACCUCAUGAUCCGCCCGCCUCGGCCUCCCAAAGUGCUAGGAUUACAGGCGUGAGCCACUGCGCCCGGCCUCAUCUCACAUCUUUCUACCUCUGCAGCACACGACACCCCCUAGUUGGAAACAAAGUCGGAGUUUGUGGAUUGGGGGAAGGGCGGGGUCUAACCUCAGGUCAGGCGCCGUGCAAGGUACAUCUUGGCGCCUGGAAGAGGCCCAGCACAGUUGCCCCCGGGGUGACCCGACCUCCCCUACCAAUUGAGGCGCCCUUGUUGCCAGGCUCACGGCGGGGGAGCGACGGGGAUGCGCUCAUUGGUCAAGGAAGGGGCGCUUGUUACUAGAGGCGAGAACCGGAGCCCAUUGGUCGGAACACCUCACAAUGGACCCCAGCGGCGCGCAGAGUCUUUAUUAUUGGUUUGCUGACUGCCUCGGGAGACCCUGUUGCCAGGACACUUGGCGCUCCCGACCCGAUCCCCGUUCCCCAUUGGCUGUCAUGGCAAAAGCCGCCAUCUAAUGAGGAGCGAGGUGCGGGGUUCCGGAGUGCGCGCUUCCUGCGGUGCGAUCUAGUCCUGCAGGAGGCGGCCCAGGGGCCUGACAUCGCUCCCAGCGCUCGAGGACCGAGGCCUGUUGUGGAGGACACCGUGCUCCCUUGGGACCUGCUCUGGAUUCCGGCCCGGGCGUCCCCUCGGAGCUCUGCAUCUCCAACCUGGAACCCAACCCAGAAGGCUCAAGUUUGACGCAUCACGCGGCGUGCGGAUCCACUGAGGGUCCACAGAGAGGGGCGCCCAUCUCCUGCGUCUCAGUUAUCCCGGUGUUGGGAAUUCUGUGCCCUAAAGAAUUCCGACUCAGAUUCGAACGGGGAGCUGGUGGAAUCGAGGGUGAAAGACCAGAGGGACGAUGUUCUACUAUCCCCACGUGCUUCAGCGCCACACUGGCUGCUUCGCCACCAUCUGGCUGGCGGCGACGCGCGGCAGCCGGUUGGUGAAGCGCGAAUACCUGAGGGUGAAUGUGGUGAAGACCUGCGAGGAAAUCCUCAAUUACGUGCUGGUACGAGUGCAACCCCCGCAGCCCGGCCUGCCGCGGCCCCGCUUCUCCCUCUAUCUCUCAGCCCAACUUCAGAUCGGUGUGAUCCGCGUCUAUUCUCAACAAUGCCAGUACCUCGUGGAGGACAUCCAGCACAUCUUGGAGCGCCUCCACCGUGCCCAGCUGCAGAUCCGAAUAGAUAUGGAGCCUGAGCUACCCAGCCUGCUGCUUCCUAACCAGCUGGCCAUGAUGGAGACCUUAGAAGAUGCUCCAGAUCCCUUUUUCGGGAUGAUGUCUGUGGAUCCCAGACUUCCUAGUCCUUUCGAUAUCCCUCAGAUUCGACACCUCUUAGAGGCUGCAGCCCCAGAGAGAGUUGAAGAGAUCCCUCCUGAAGUCCCUGCAGAGCCCAGGAAGCCAGAAAGGAUUCCGGUCACUGUGCUGCCACCUGAGGCCAUCACGCUCCUGGAGGCAGAGCCGAUACGGAUCCUGCCGAUUGAGGGUGAAAGGGAGCUCCCAGAGGUCAGCCGCCGAGAACUGGACCUGCUGAUCGCAGAGGAAGAGGAAGCUGUCUUGUUAGAAAUCCCGCGGCUCCCACCUCCAGCUCCUGCAGAGGUGGAAGGAAUAGAAGAGGCACUGGGCCCUGAGGAGCUGAGGCUGAUAGGCUGGGAGCCUGAGGCCCUACUCAUGGAGGUGACCCCCCCGGAGGAGCUGCGUCUGCCAGCCCCACCCAGCCCAGAGAGGCCCCCAGUCCCCCCACCUCCUCGCCGCCGCCGUCGUCGCCGGUUACUAUUCUGGGACAAGGAGACUCAGAUCUCCCGGGAGAAAUUCCGGGAACAACUGCAAACCAGAGCCCACUGCUGGGAAUGUCCCAUGGUGCAGCCUCCCGAGAGGACCAUCACAGGCCCUGCGGAGUUGUUCAGAACCCCAACUCUCUCUGGCUGGCUACCCCCUGAACUACUGGGUCUCUGGACCCAUUGUGCCCAGCCACCCCCAAAAGCCCUCAGACGAGAGCUGCCUGAGGAGGCUGAGGAGGAAAGGAGAAAGAUUGAAGUUCCGAGUGAGAUCGAGGUCCCGAGGGAGGCCCUGGAGCCCAGUGUUCCCCUUAUGGUGUCUCCAGAGAUCUCCCUAGAGGCAGCUGAAGAGGAGAAGACCCGCAUCAGCCUUAUCCCACCAGAAGAACGGUGGGCCUGGGCUGAGGUGGAGCAGCCAGAACUUCCUGCACUGCCCGUGGUGCCUGAACUCCCUGAGGUGCCCAUGGAGAUGCCUUUGGUGCUGCCCCCAGAGCUCGAGCUGCUCUCACUGGAAGCUGUGCACAGGGCAGUGGCACGGGAGCUGCAGGCUAACAGGGAGCCCGACUUCAGCAGCCUGGUGUCACCUCUCAGCCCCCGCAGGAUGGCUGCCCGGGUCUUCUACCUGCUCCUGGUGCUCUCAGCGCAACAGAUUCUUCACGUGAAACAAGAAGAGCCAUAUGGUCGCCUUCUGAUCCAGCCGGGGCCCAGAUUCUACUAAGGUUAGAGUCCAUUUACAAAGCUGCCAGGAAACCAGCCACUUCUAGUACACCACGUCGUGCCUCACUGGGUCCUGCUUACCUCAUUUCUGAAUAUGCAUUUCCAGCCUUCUUGUUCUCAGAGCUAUUGUUCAAGCAGAAAACAAGCUGCUUUUAUUACA